GAUGGCGUCAGGAUCUAAUUAAAGUCAACCAGAGAGCCCCUUUCUCCUCUGCUUUCUUCUCUCUCUAAAUUCCUGCUUGUUUCUCUCUCCUCCAAGUCCGGCUGCUUCGAGAGUCCUAUAUAUAUAUAAACACCUGUAUUGUAUCUAUAUUAUACAACAUAAGCAAAGCGAUUGAAAGCAUGGGUGAGAGCGAUGAGAGUGUUUUUUGGAAUGGCAGAGAAGAAGACUAUGCUGCUUUUUUCACAUCUCACGAUUUUCAAACCAAUCAAACUCCACAUCAAACCAUAUAUGAUCACAAUCAGGAAGGAGAUGAGGAGAGUUCAUCCCAUUCCCAUUCCCAACCCCAAUCCCAGUCAACCCAAAGCCCUCUGGGGUUGACACUACGAAAAACACCAUCAUUCCUGAGUCUGCUGCAGAGGAGUCUCUCUCACGGCAGCCCGGGAAGAAAACCGGACGAAUCGGGCUCCGCCGCCGAGAAAUUGAAGGCCUCAAAUUUCCCCGCCGUCUUCAUCAAAAUCGGAUCAUGGGAGAGGGCGACGCGGCACGAGGGAGACCUCACCGCGAAGCUCUACUACGCGAAGCGCAAACUGGUGUGGGAGGUGCUGGACGGCGCUCUCAAGAGCAAGAUCGAGAUGCAGUGGUCCGACAUCUCCGCCAUCAGGGCCGCCACGCCGGAUAAUCUCCCCGCCACCCUCGAGAUCGAGCUGAAGCAGCCGCCGCUGUUCUACCGCGAGAUAAAUCCGCAGCCGAGGAAGCACACCCUCUGGCAGCAGGCCUCCGACUUCACCGGAGGCCAAGCCCCGAUCUGGCGGCGGCACUACGUCACGUUCCCGCCGGGCGUCAUCGACAAGCACUACGAGAAGCUGCUGCAGUGCGAUCCGCGCCUCGCCGCCCUGAGCCAGAAGCCGUUCCCGUCGCAGAACUCGCCUUAUUUCGACCCGGCCAUGCUUGGGAUCUCGCAGCUCUCUCUCGUUUUCAACAACUAUCAAUAUCAGUAUCCCUAUCCGUAUCCCUACCCUAACUCCGCACCACCGCCGACGCCUGCCUCUGCUCAUCAUCAUCAUUCCAACUAUGAGGAUGCGCAUCACUACGUUAAUGUUGAUGCUGCAGAUUUCAAUCCCAAUUUCAAUGCGCAACAACACCAGCUGCUGCCUCAACACUACUACUCUUAUAAUAAUGAACAACACUUCGGUAACGAUAAUAACUACUCGCUCCCUCCCUACUUCCUUCCCGGUAACCAUCCCGCCGCCGACGACGACAUGUUUUUGUGAAUGUUUUUUGCUUCGCUUCUGGGAUAAGAUCUAACUGUAUAUCAUCAUCUACUUUUCCCAGAUGCGCUUAAUUGCCUUUCUAUAUUAAUAUAUGUUCUUGAUUUCAUCUGGAA